AUGAGAGUCUUCGAGAGCGCACUUACGUUGGCAGGCGGUCUGUUUGCGUGUCGGACGGCUUCGGCAUUCGUGGCUCCUGCGGCAUCUAUCAGGGCUCUGCGAAAUGCACCAGCCGGCGGCGCAAGCACCACUAGCACCUACGGCAGCAGCAGGGGGGCACCGGCCACCCGCAUGAUGGCGGCGGAGGGUGUGACUUUUGGGGAGCUUGACGGCACCGACGUACGCGUGGGGAUCAUCUCGACGAGGUGGAACGAGGAGAUCGUGAACCGCUUAACCGACGGCGUGAAGGAAUCACUCAAGGAAUGUAACGUUACGGAGUCUAACAUCUUCGAGACGAAGGUGCCUGGAGCCUUCGAGCUACCGCUGGCUGCACGAUUUCUUUCCCUGUCCCAGACGGUGGAUGCCGUUGUCUGCGUGGGGUGCCUGAUCAAGGGUGACACCAUGCACUUCGAGUACAUCGCUGAGUCGACGUGCAAGGGACUGAUGGACGUGUCGAUCCAGACGUCGACACCGGUAGUCCUGGGGGUGCUGACGUGCACGGAAGAGGAGCAGGCGAUCAAGCGCUCCACUGGGGACAACAACCACGGGGUUGACUGGGGCAAGACGGCGGUCGAGAUGGGCCUUCUCCGCAUGAGCGCUACGGGCGUUGGCAAGAAGGCGGGCGGGGCUUUGGGUUUCGGGAAGAGCUUAGACGACAAGAAGGACGGCAAGGACGGCGCUAUCCCCGGCAGCAAGCCAAAGAAGAUCGGCUUCUAGAUCAGAUUUCGACUGACUUUGAUGUGUUGCCAUCCUUGUCAGGCCACUGGAGGAAAGGGACAACAAGCGUCGUUCUGUUGUUGUUGAGCAUGGCGCAUUCCCUAGCGGC